GCCAAGUAAAGUAUUUUAACACAUCGGUUAGCAAAGACCCAAGCCAGCAGUCCAAGGCCACUUCUAUAAAGCUGUCCUAAGUCAAAUGUAGGAGAGCUGGACUCUGUACCUUCCUUCUUUCAAUAUUCCAGAUCCUAAGAUUCUAUAUUAGAAUCUUUUUAAGGGUCUCAUCUAAGAACAUGGCGCACACUGGAUUAGUCAUUUUAUUCUUCAUCGCUCUAAUCGUGUUGGACCAAACUAGAGGACAAUCACCCAAACCGAAGGUUCGGAAAGACCGCAGAACCAAAGAGAAGGAUGGCGAUUUGAAGACACAAAUUGACAAGCUAUGGCGAGAGAUUAAUUCCUUGAAGGAGAUGCAGGCGUUGCAAACCGUCUGCCUGAGAGGAACCAAAAUCUAUAAAAAGUGCUACCUAGCAUUUGAAGAGACCAAGCAUUUCCAUGAGGCUAAUGAGGACUGUAUAGCAAAAGGUGGAACUUUGGCGAUUCCCAGAGAUUCUGAUGAAAACAGCGCUCUCCGUGAUUAUGCAAAGAAGAGCCUUCCGGGUGCAGGGGACUUUUGGUUAGGCAUCAAUGACAUGGUCAACGAAGGCAAAUUUGUAGAUGUUAAUGGGAUCUCAAUCACAUACUUGAAUUGGGAUCGACCACCAAACGGUGGCAAGCGUAAAAACUGUGCACUGCUCACUCAGGCUUCUCAAGGGAAAUGGGUUGAUGAAGUGUGUCGCAGUUUAAAGAAAUACGUUUGUGAAUUUAUUAUCCCUUAAGAACGAUCAAGGUGGAGAAUGCCAAAGAUAACCUUUUAGGAACAGAAGCUUUAAACACUUCCGGCCAUGUAGAGGAGUUAUGUGGAUGGGUGGGAUUUAGAAGCUUUGACAUUUUAAUCGUGGGAAAUCCAUUUUCUUUCAAUCCUUGGCUAAUGAAGCAAAGGAAACUGAGAUGGUUCAGUUUCUAUUUUGUUCUUUACCUAUAAAAUAAAUAUUAAUUUCAUUGAAAAAA